AACUUUUCUUUUUUGCUGCGUCCUUCACGUGAAAGCAGGCUCUGUAAAGCAAGACUAUCAAACCCGACUGAGGGAGCGUUUAUGUGUAUACAGCAGCAGCGCAGGGUCGGGCGGAGACGAGGUCAUGAUAAUUGUCCGUAUCUGUUAAACCUGGUUUAGGCAGGAUUGUUUAGUGUUAUUGGCCGUGUUAUAUAACGAAAAUAUUAUAUUUAUAUAUUAAUUUAUUAUAUUUAAUUUGAAAGAGAACGUGAUUUUCUUGUCUCUCUUUGGUUAGAGAGCUUUUAAAUAAGGUUUAAAAAGUGAAAGGUUACACGUGUGGCUUCCUAGUGAAAUAAAGGUACGAACCAGAAGAGACGGGUGACGGGUGAAGCUGUAGACCAUACCUGACAUUUUAUCAGCAAGUGGCUGGAGAUCUCCGGUUCAGCAGCCUGGCUGCAGCAGGUGUUGCUGUCAGUCACAUUUUCAGCAUGAGUGAGUGGGUUUAAGCGCAGCCAUGGAGUGCGAGAAAUGCUAAGAAACCCGGCCUCUGUGUGCAACUUAAAACCAUAGAAGGUGACGGCAAAGAUCUCCUGCCGGAGAUCCAGACUCCGAUCUGGAUCCAGAGAACAUCAUCUGCAUCAGCUACAAAGCCGGGACGGCUGUCGGGUUAGGUUUUUCUGCUUUGGGUGUCCCUGCCCCCGUGCUUGGACGUCUUCGGACAUGGACGCUCAACAGUCCAAGGCUGUGGAGGAAUCUAAGCGUGAACAAGAAGCAGAGUUGGCUCAAACAAUAAUGGCUCGGAAUUUCCACCCGUCUGUCAUCGGCCCGGAGGCCUGGGAGGGCUACAUGUUUUCUGAUCUGGAGAUCCGCAUCAAAGAGUCCACAGACCUCUACGGAGCCGUACUCUGGCCUUCGGCAAUGGUGCUGUGCCAUUUCUUGGAGACCAACCGAGAUAAAUACAACCUGACAGACAAAAAUGUGAUUGAACUGGGUGCUGGGACUGGACUUGUCACCAUUGUAUCAAGCUUGUUGGGUGCUAAGGUGACCUCCACUGACCUACCAGAUGUCUUGGGGAACCUCCGGUACAACGUUGUGCGCAAUACCAAGGGUCGAUGCAAGUACAUCCCAGUGGUCACUGAGCUGAUUUGGGGUGCGGAGGUGCCGAAGCGUUUUCCUCGCACCACACAUUGUUUCGACUACAUCCUGGCAGCCGACGUGGUGUACGCACACCCGUACCUGGACGAGCUGAUGGAUACCUUUGACUACCUGUGCCAGGAAAACACACACAUUUUCUGGGCCAUGCGUUUCCGCCUGGACCCAGAGAACAACUUUGUGGAUCGCUUCCAGCAGCGUUUCCACCUGGAGGAGCUGUAUGACCUUCCCAGCCUCAGUAUCAAACUGUACAGAGCCUGGAGGAGGGACAAGAGGACCACAGACCACAGAGAGACUGCUGCCUAAAGUCUGAACACAGACUGACAAUACAAUGUAUGUGACUGCCAUCUGAUUUAUUAACUGUCCUUAUUGGAAGAGUGUAGUUGUUGAGUAUUUUUAAUGAAUCUUGUCCAAAUGUCCCAAUACCUUUCUACUCUGAGACUUUUUGCAUGAAUUAUGUUAUGUCAGGUAGGCAAAGUAUGACUUACCUCACAAAAUCUAUGCCUUCUUAAGUCUAGAAUGUCUUAAGAAUAACUUUACCUCUAUCCCAUAAGUAAUAUUCUCCAAAGUUGGAGCCAUCGCUGCUGUUUAUUUAUCUUGAGUUAGUCAUCAGGGGAACAUUAACAACUGGACUGUUAGCCUACUAGCAUGACUGACAGCUGAUCAUUUAAGUACAGCUAAAUCUGUAUCUUAAAAUAUAAAUGUGUGUGACCAUGUGGCAAACAUGCAAGUCAUGACAUCGCCCAUAAAAAUAUGAACUACCGCUUUUAAGCUUCCAGAAUCUCGACUUGGGGUGGGGUUGAGGUUUCACAUCAGGAAGUUCAGAGACUCUGGUUGGAUGAUAAAUUGCACAAAACUGACAACAUGCUCUGUUGGAGAACUGAAACGGCAAUUAAUACCAGCGAGUGUGGUCAUUUUCCCAUAGAUUCCACUCAAACUGACCUGAGCAACUAUUGAAUAGAUGGCUAUUCAAUAUCAAAUUGCUACUUCUUGGUUAGCUUCAGCCAGAAAACCAAAAGUCUACAGCCUACUAAAUUAAAAUCUCAUGGUAAUGGUUAAGUUGAGGGGUAAAGGUUAAAGUUAAGGGCUAAUGUUUGAGGUAGGGGUUACAAGAGAUGGUAAUGCCAGUUGGCUAACUGGCCAGCCAGCUAGCUAGCUAGAUAGAUAGCUUGUCGACCAUGUUUACACAUCUCAGGAAACUGAUUUACUGUAUGUUAUGUUCUAUUUUGACCCAACUAGCUUUGCAUUCAACGGGUAAACGGAACUUUAGAGUUGAUGAUGAUGAUGUACCUUGCUCCCAAUCAUAUCGGCUGGUUAGUUGAUUUUUUUUAUUUUCGUCUUUACUUCAUCAACAAUAAA